AGUACCUGCUACAACAGAACUGUGCCUUUUCCGUUGCCUGAAACAAGAGACUUCCCACCUUUGUUUAAUCGCCUCCAGAGCGGGAGCCAACUAAGGAGCAACUCUUGUCCUACAACAAGGUCUGUUACUGUAAAGCAAUUCGAUGACCUAAAUCCAUUAAAGAAAAGUAAUGUUCGAGUUAAUGACGAGAUAAUUCCCAAGCCAACUGAUAUUAAUGUUGGUGAGAAACAAAUUAAGGUCUCCAUCCAAAGGCAACACCCAUACCAGUCACACAUAUCCUUCUGUGCCUUGUUCCCCACCUACCACUCCCCAGAUGAUCCAGACACAGGCGUACGGGCUGCAUCCAAACUCCCUAUCAAUCCUCUACUACCAGCCAAUGCAUCAAAGGUCAUACUGCUCAGCAAGACUAAAGGUGCAGCUUAUCGGCAUGAGCUACUUGAUAUUCCCAUGGAAACCAGACGCAAUGUUGCAAUAUGGCCAGGACAGAGCGGCUUCCAAAAUCACAUUAAGCCAGUAAAAGGAGACACUCAGGAGUUUUACCCCCAGCCUUUAAAAACACUGUGUCCAAAUCAGACUCUGCGAGACUGGAAAAACACGCUGCUGGAGCGAACUGCUAAUGCGCUGCGCAACCUGGAGAAGUCCCAGUGGCUCACCUCAUAUCAGCUAAACUACACAGGGUCUGGGCCCACUAACCCUAUAAAACUGGACGACUUUAAUGAGAAGACAAUUAGCUUGAUUACAGGAGAAAUGAACCCUUACACAGCACAGCUGAGGGAGCGAUCCUAUCCUGUUCUCAUGCCUUCUCAACCACUUGAAGGAUGCAGGGCCAGGAUUCUGCAAAACCAAUGUCGUCUAGAGAACCCAUGCUCUAUCAUGCACCCACUAUCCUUUCCCCCAGAGCCUCAAGAUGUUGGCAUGACUGCUGAGAGGAACCCCAUGCUGGACAAUAUGCAGCAUAAACCAUAUAUUGCAAAUCAAACAGAUGAGGUGAUUAAAUACAACCAGGUUAGCAAAUCGGGUCAAACACGUCAGGUGGUAUUUAACAACACUGCCAACAUGUGCUGCAAGAGAAGUUGUGUGUACAAGAUAUCUGAGUCAAAUGGCAGUAAACCACAAACAAACAUCAACAAACCUGCUUCAAGAGUAAUAGAGACAGAGAGUACCCAGCUGGAUCUACACAAUUUUCAGGCUGCUUUGCAAGAGAAGGAAACAAACAAGAGAGCUUUGUCCAAUAACAGAAUCCAAAAUUAUGUAGUAGAGAAUAGCCCAUUUGAGUUUAAGUGCACAGCACCACCCAGUGCAUACGAGACAGACAGGCCUGUGAACUUUGAGCAAACUAAGAAAGACUUUGAAGAGGAGGAGAAAAUAAAGCAGGGUUCUUGUCUUAUUCCCUCCAUCCGUCCACGCUUUUCUAGAGGUACCACUGGGUAUGGAGUAAAAAGAAUCAGCAGGGAUUUGGGGUCUGAUCUGCUGGAGCUUCACGACUCUUUCAGCCGAACAAAGGCUAAUCGAAACUUUCGUGAAUCUUUGCAGGAUGCCCCUGUGGAUCUCAGGGAAAACCUUCACACGGGAAGAAAGCACUUCUUCUAUGGCUUCAACUCUUACUAUUUUCAUAACUGAAAAUAAUACAAACAUUGAGCUGCUGGAAAGAGGAAUAACUGCCAUAAAUGGCAUAAAUAAGGCAUAUGUCAUGGAAUCAAUGCUGUAAAUGCAUCUUUGCAUCUUUUUUGGCUAUAGUGUCCAUGAAUCCCAAUUUUCCUUUUUGAAAGUGUGAGAUUAAACAUAACUCUUUUUUUCUGAUAAAUAUCACAAGCCAUUUGCAGUGACUUCUUUGCUAAAAGUGAAGCGUUAGUGUCUUAAAGCAGCACUGAUACUUUACAGUCACUGUUGAAGGAGUUCUGACUAUCUGCAAAUCAUUUCAGUAGAAAGGUGCUAUGAUGGCCUUGGCCUUUCUAUGAAUGAAAUUCUGCUUAUUCCCACAUUUAUUAAAAGUUCUUUCAAUCGAGUGAAAGGCAUGAAUUGCUGCAUGUGUCCUUGAGAAGACAGCACAUGGUUUUGUUCUGAGCUUGAGCUUGAGGCAUACCAACAGGCUGAGAUGUUUCUCUGCAAUACUGAAUGUUCCUAUUCACGUCCCCUUUGAAUGCAGUCAUGUUCAAAUGUACGGAAAAGAGUGACGAUUUCUUGGCAAUUUCUUCUACAGAUUUUUGUAAAACAUGUGUUAACUUUGGGAACAUAGGACACGUACCACUAAGACUGGACUAUGCUUUAGAUGCUUUUUCCCUGGCUUUCUUUUUGCUUAUUUUGCUUUGCCAGUACCUUUUAUUGCUAAUUUUGCAUAUUAAAAAACGAAUAAUACAUUUAAGUAUUUAUGUCUAGUAGUUACAGUCCAACAGCAUCAAGAC